AUUGGAAAUCUACCUGAAUUACUAAAUUCCUGAUUUUUAAUUGGUAGUUUUGUUUAUAUUUCAGCUGUGAAAGAAUAACAUUUGGGGAGUAACCUACAUGGUAAUAAGCCUAAAUAAGUAAAACCGAGAUUGCUCAUCGAAAAUAUCAAUCAAGGAUAGGUCUAUAUUCAUUUUGGAACGUUAGAUUGGUUAGAUUUUUACGACAGUAGGAUAGCAUAGGCUAAUACUCGCAUUCAGAUAAACCAAACAGCGGAUUUAGGAAUGAAUUUUAAAAUCUCUUUCAAGUGGCAAAUUCGUUUUACUUCGGUCUCAUGGAAGCCUUUCAGAGCGUAAUCCAAAAACAUCCCUCUGGAAUCUCUCAAAUAUCUUUACUAAUCCUAAUUUGCACACGAGAAGAUACGAGGACGUCACAGAAGCUGAACCUAAAGGUCAUGAGGGGUCAGCUAAAGACUAAACUGAGAUUAAAGGUAAAAUAACACUCUGAAAAGAAUUAUGAAGUCGUCAUGAAAAAAACGUAAAAACAAUCUUAUCCUAUUUAUCUGUUAAUUCCUGCUGUUCAAGGCUAUUUGAAUCUCUUAAUUUAACUAUAACGAGCAUGGAUUUAACGUAACGCAUUGCUUGGAAACGUAAUAACUUUAACGGAAUCAGCUGAAAUUAGACAAGAGCUAUAUGCUAUAUGCAUUAUUUUUGUCAUUCUACAAUUUUUUCCCCCAAUAGUUUGGAAUAUUAUUCCUAUUUGCUUUUAAUCUAAUUCAUUAGCCUUUCUAAACAGCAUUUAAACAUACUUUUACUUAAUUUAAAAUAAUAUGUAGCUAAAUUAUUCAAAACGCUCAAUCUGAACGCUUUAAAUAGCAUGUGUCGUUUGAGCCAGUAGAUAAUGUCAGUAAUCCUUGAGCUUUAUCAGCCACUACUGUAUCAAACCCUUUCAUGCUGCUCUUGAAAUUGAGUUUUAAGGCACAACCUUAGAGAUGCCAUCCUGAUUUCAUAUUAAUUCACUCCAACUGUUAGCACGCAGGGAGCUCUUCCCAGCUGUUUGUCCUGGAGGAGCCCAGGGUGCCCUUUUGAUCAUUUCAAUCUCUCUCUGGUACAAUAGUUCUGAUUGGCUGAACGAGUAAGAAAAGGGAAAAUCUUUAAUUAAGCAGAUAAUCUCUUGUUGGGAUGAGAGGAGCUCCAUUUCAGAACCCCCUUGGCUCACACAUGAGACCCCCAGCCUCUGAAUUCUGGAUGUAGGUUAUAUAGAGCUCUUGCAGACCCAUCUGCUUUCCAAGGUGAAGAAAAGUCUGCCAGCCGUCUCUCUCAGGAUGUUCAUGCAUUUGGAGGUUUAUUAUUACGCUUUCAUCCUAAUGGCUCACAUGAGGUCUUGCUGCAGUUGGUCAGUGAAUAAUUUCCUGAUGACUGGCCCGAAGGCCUACUUGAUCUACUCCAGCAGUGUAGCUGCAGGAGCUCAAAGUGGGAUUGAAGAGUGCAAGUAUCAGUUUGCGUGGGACCGCUGGAACUGCCCGGAGAGGGCUCUUCAGCUCUCCGCCCACAGUGGACUCAGAAGCGCCAACAGAGAGACAGCAUUUUUCCAUGCCAUCAGCUCUGCUGGAGUCAUGUAUACCCUCACCAGGAAUUGCAGCCUCGGUGACUUUGACAACUGUGGAUGUGAUGACACCAGGAACGGCCAACGAGGUGGUCAGGGAUGGCUAUGGGGAGGCUGCAGCGACAAUGUUGGAUUCGGAGAGGCCAUCUCCAAGCAGUUUGUAGAUGCACUGGAAACUGGACAGGACGCACGAGCCGCCAUGAACCUGCACAACAAUGAAGUAGGACGCAAGGCAGUGAAAGGAACCAUGCAGAGGACGUGCAAGUGCCAUGGAGUGUCUGGCAGCUGCACCACUCAGACCUGCUGGCUGCAGUUGCCUGAGUUUCGAGAGGUGGGCAACUACCUAAAGGAGAAAUAUAACAGAGCCGUGAAGGUGGACCUGUUGCGUGGUGCAGGCAACAGCGCGGCCAGCCGAGGCGCGAUCGCCGAGACGUUCAGUUCGAUCUCACGCAAAGAGUUGGUGCACUUGGAGGAUUCCCCCGACUACUGCUUGGAGAACCGCACUCUGGGCUUGCCGGGAACAGAGGGCCGUGAGUGCUUGAGGAAGGGCAAGAAUCUGAGCAAAUGGGAGAAGCGGAGCUGCAAGCGGCUGUGUGGAGAGUGUGGUCUGGCUGUGGAGGAACGCAGGGCUGAGACUGUGUCCAGCUGCAACUGCAAAUUCCACUGGUGUUGCGCUGUAAAAUGCGAGCAGUGCCGCAAAACGGUCACAAAGUACUACUGUGUGAAGAGAACCAAACGGGUCAAGAAUGAUAGUGCCAGCCGAAGGAAAAGCUAUCGGCUGAAAAAGAAGCACUAGAAAUGGUAUGAACUAUUUGUUACGGUGGUCCAGACAUUUUUGUCUCAGAACACACCCUGAACUUGGGAAUAAAGUGAGGUCAAAGGUCCAUCUGAAUGCUUUAAUGAACACCUACACUCUUAAAAUUAAAAAAGGUACUUAAUUGGCAUCUAUGGUUCCAUGAAGAACCUUUAACAUCCAUGGAAACUUUCCAUUCCAUUUUAAAAAAUAUAUUUUUUUAAGAAUGUAGAUCUCCAUAGCUGUUACUUUGAAUGCAUUGAAUGCUAUUCCUAUAUAAAUUUGUAAGAUAGCACUGAACACUGCAUCUAACUGAUAUAUAUAGCACAAUAGACUGUAAAUAACCUUUUCAUUCACCAACAAGGAUGUACUUUGAUGGAUAAUUUAUUGGAAUUAUCAUUUUUAAAGGGGUUUUAAAUUCACUAUCAGGCCACUUCUCCAGCUGCCAUAAGAAUCAUUUCUUGCCUACUUUUUCUUGUCUGUUUCCAUCCGCUUUAGAAUUCUGACAAUAGUUUUACUCUGAUACUGUAUAUGAACUGUAAAUAAGAGGAAGCACUUUGUAUAUUGUUAAUUUAUUGCACAGAUACUAUAGUGCUGUUUUUCUAUGAUAGUUUCUUUCUAUGUUUCUAUGUGUUUUUUUCAAUUUCGUAA